AUGCUACAAGACGACCGAAUCGCAGGAUUGGUGCUUUUUCCGGUAGGUCAAUAGGUUUUUUGGUGCACAAGGUCCUACCAAGGGUGUGCGGCAAAUCUCAAAAUUUGCCGCGCUCGGCAAAUUCGGGGAAAUCUACUUUUUUGAAAUUUGCCGUACUCGGCAAACGGCAAAUUCGUCAAAUUCGGCAAAUUUGUCGCACACCCCUGGAACCUACUCAUUCAGAUCGCACUUGUCGGUGUCCUUGCCAACUGGACAGUCACGAUUCUGAUCCACAAGCUCCCAUCACUCAAUAACUCCUUCGGAUCCCUAACUGCUUCUCAAGCAUUUGGUGAUGCGACGAUCUCUACGAUUUUUGCAUUCGUCAUCUCUCCGAUGUGCUUCUUGUAAGUCUAAGCAUUAAAAUCUUUCAGCUCUUAAAAUUCCAGUGAUUUGGAAGACUUAAAAUCCAAUUCUUCAAUCAUUGGUCACAUCUUGAUAAUAGCCUACGAGAUCUCCACAUAUUCGCAUUUGUGUAUUUCAUUGAAUCGGUUCUGUUCGAUUGUGGCUCCAGUCAGAUACGAGUCGAUUUUCAGGUAGGACAAUAGUACUGUGAGAAAAUUAUGUGAAUUUGCUGAAGGGUUACUGUAAAUGAACUCAAAAAGUGUCGGCCGCCGCAAAGCGAUGAACUCAGAAAAUGUCGGCCGCUGCAAAACAACUUCCUAUUGCACUACGUUGUGCAAAUACCAAGCCUAUGAUUUCACGCGAAAUUGCGGACCAGCCAACCGGGGUGAGGUCCGUAUUUAGCGCCUCACUGCCAUUGAAUCCCUACAUAGUUGAAUGAAUUUUUGAACUCUUAACACCUGUUUCCAGCGCAUCCAACACCAUGAGACUCAUUAUAUUCUCCUGGACCCUGACCAUUCUCCCAUCAUUCUACCUCUACGUCUACAGUACCACCAAAAUCCCAUUUUGCCUGAAUUGAUCUACCAAUUUCAGACGACUGCAAGUACUCGUGGUCUCAAGAGUUUUGGCUAUUUGCGUUUUCCACUACACCGGUGUGCUUGACCAUCUCCUGGUAUGCGGAUUUUGUGAAAUUCAACGCGAUUGUUAUCCUGAUUGCGAUGAUUGACGUGGUAACCGUAUCUAAAGUUAGAACUUAUAAAGCAAAGGUGUUCUAGGUCUUAAUUUCGGGGGAAGUGAUAAUGAUCUGGUUUUCAGGUAUUCAAUGGCUCAUCCCAGUCGGCAAAGAAGACACAUUUUGAAAUGAGUUUUCUGAAGCAGGCAUGUCUUCAGGCGUUUGUAUUUACUUGCGAGCUUGUUACGUAUUUCCUGAUAACUCCCAGAAUUGAUCCAACCGAAAAAUGGAUUCGAUUCAUUCUAUCGACAGUUGCAUGGGCUUUGGUACAUACCAUAGAUGGGUAAGUUAGUUGAUGAGAACAGUUUUGAACAAAUUAAUUUUUUUUCAGAAUAAUCACAUUGAGCUUCAACAAGGGCUUCUCACAAACGAUAUUUUGACGGAUAAAGAUAAGUGAGUUGUGUUUUUCAAUUAAAGCAGCCGACAUCUUUUGAGGCGUCGGUUGUACAAUGAGGAAUUCUAAUUGUCAACUGCAAUAUUUUACCAUCGUUUUCAGAAGAUAGCUCAACUGUCAACAAUUGCAUCGACAGCGUCUCACCAAUCCCAACAUGA